GCACACACAUACAAAAACCUCCCAGGUAAGCGUAACGUUACGCCUCAGGUCAUUGGUGCAGCAAGUCACGUGAUCUGCCUCUUCCACUCACCUUUGCGCUCGCUCCUCCUCCGAGCGGUCCACUCCGGGCGGUGUCGCGGCUCCAGCAGCCAGUGUCAGGUGUCUGGCAGGUUUUCUCACAAGCUUUGGCUGAACGGAAGUUCCCGCAGGUUGAUAGCCAUGGAGAACGGCUCAUUUGUUCGGGGCUCCAAGGUGACGCAGUCCUUGCGUGUCACUGCCAAGGAGCUGUCGCUCGGUGGGCGAGGGAAAAGCAGUGGCAUUGCAAAAAUAUUCUCCAAGUACCAGAAGAAUGCCGAGAAAUCCAAUGCAGAAAAGAAAGGCACCACUGAUAGCGCUCCAUCCUCUCUGCUCGCUGGAAAACUGAAUUCUCUGAAGAAUCAAUUUGAGCAAGCGGUCAACCUAAAUCAGGAUAAAAAGCCUCCUGUUCUGCCUCCCAGUGGCUCCAGCAUUCGCCGCUCACGCUCCGUCCUGACCAGACCCGCUGCCAUCCGCGAGGAGCCCGCGCCUGUCAAGAACCAGGACCUGCACGCCGAUAAGGGGGAUCAGCGCGCAGCCAGGCCAGUGCAGCAGCCACCCGCACCCCCGGCGGGCGACAAGCAGAGAGGGAUGGACAGGGAUGAGGUCACAGACAGGCGAAAACCUGAGACGAUUGAGGAGGAAGCUCCCACCAGCCCACUCGCCACUUUUGAAAAACCCAAAGUUCAGCUGACCGACCUGAAGAUGAAGUUUGAGAAGGGAGAAGACGCCGCUGGAAAGGUCGGCAGGUCGGCGAUUCGCAGCACUUCGUAUGAAGACUCAGAACAUCCUAAAAGUUCUGCGCUGACCCGCUCUGCGUCCAUGAAGGAGAAAAAGGCCAAGUAUGAGCUGAGUGUUGCUAAACAUAACGCCGGCCUCUCUACCGAUCAACCAAAAGGGCCUGCUCUAAGAAAAUCUGUAUCCAUGAGAGUCAAACAGACUCCGGCAGCAGAGUGCAAUGGAGAAGGAACUGAGCAACUCAAAGCAGCCAGGCAGAAGUUUCGCCUGCCAGAGACAACAAAAUGCGCUGCCUGUCAGAAAACGGUGUAUCCUCUGGAGAAAAUGGUGGUUGGUGAACACACUUACCACAAAAACUGCUUCGCCUGUUCUCACUGCAACACCAAGCUGAAUCUGUGCAACUACGCCUCCCUGCAUGGUAAGAUCUACUGCAAGCCGCACUACAACCAGCUGUUCAAGGCCAAAGGGAACUACGACGAAGGCUUCGGCCAUCGCCCUCAUAAGGAGAUGUGGGAACCUCGAGACGAGGGAGAGGAAAGUGAGGAACCGCCGAAGCCCAAAGAGCAACCAGUGGAAGCGAAGCGACCAGCUGAGAGUGUGUCCGAGCCGCAGCCAGAUCCCAGUGGGGAAACGUCGCCACAGGUCAAGGUCACAGACAUGGCCGCCUUGCUGGAGACCCGCACAAAACCGCGGGCCAGCUCCGGAGAGAUGCUGCAGGCUGCAGACAAGCCGGCCGAGAAGCGGCGGCUGAAGGUGGCCUGGCCGCCUCCGGCUGGCGAAGACCGCCCUGGACCGCUGAGUCCGUCCUCAGAGGACUUCCCUUCAAACAGAUCCCGGAGAGCCAAGUGGCCCCCAGAGGAUGAGGUCCAGUCAUCCUUCCAGAGCUCAGAGCAGGCUGAGCUGAAGAGCCUGAGGAGGACCACGUCUCUGAAGGAGCGCAGCCGCAUGUUCACAGUCGCAGCCAAACCGAAACCAACUCCCACAGCCGCCGCGGGUCCCAGGGAGCCGCGGCGCCCACUCAAAUUAGUGCAGGACUGCAGGGCAUCGCUGGAGGAGAAACAGUCAUCUGAAGACAAACCCGAAGUAAACCACCAACAGGAGGAAAAGGAAGAGCAGAGGAGGAAUCAAACGCCAAACGGAGGCGUGAGAACCUCGAAGGAGAAGAAUCCGACAGAAGAUGAGGAGGAACGGAAGGAGAGAGCGCAGGAGGAGGCUGGGAAGGAGAAGCACUCCUCCCAGGAUGUGGGCUUCUGGGAAGACAACAAGGAGGGGAGCGACGCUGAGGAUCUGAGCGCCGAGGAUAUCAUCAAGAAGAACCGCUACUACGAUGAAGACGACGAGGACUCAACAGUGUAACAGCAGCUUAAACAUCCACUUCCAGCAACCAAAAAACCCCACUUUUCGCUCAAAGGUGGUCGACUAAUUUAGCUUUACCAGAUUUUACUCCUGCAGAAACCAAAACUAGCUAUCUGUGAAUCAAAUCUUUUGUUGCUCUUUUUAUGUUUCAUUUAGAUUUGUAAAAAAAUAUUUUUACUUUUUUUUUUUAUCAAUUGCCCUUUGAAAAAUGAAGAACAGCAUUUAAAUUAGUUUUAGUUUUGGCUCUCCGUUUGAUUUUAACUCUUGAAAACUUGGUACAGCUCUUGUCUUCGCUCAGGGAUCAAACAGCUGGUUGUUGCCCAGUUUUGUCCUUGCCUUCAUAUUACAUUAAUACUGCUUCCUUUCACUUUUCUGUUUUAAACUGUUUUUUAAGCUUAAAUUUUUUAUCUGCUUUAAACGUUUUCUUUGCAGAAUACCUGGCUGAUGUUCCACAUACCGCUUGUGCAAUUAGAUUUUUUUUUUUUCAUUAUUGUGUUGCAUAUUACAAAAUUUGCAGUUUUUUGUAAAUUCAUCUCUUGAAAUGAAAACGGACCAAAUGAGCUGCCAAAGUUUCGUGAUAAUUCCUAACAUCUCCAGGGGCCUUUUCAAGUUUAAAGGAACAUUUGCAAAUGUAAUCCAUUUUGUUUGCAAAACAUUUUUAAUGUAUUUUUAUGUACAUGUUUGCACAACAAUUUGUCUUCUUGUGACUGGAGAUCACAACCUGUUUCUGAAACAGAAUUAAAAUGUGCUACUGAG